AACCCAUCAUUGCGGAUCUGCUUUCCUGUUACUGUGCGCAUGCGUUGUUGUCUUAGGGGAAUUCAUCCCCCGAACCAACCCAGAACCAUCCAUGCCUCCACCUCUGCUUAUAAAUAUUACCUGAUCACAUGAAUCCUAUUCACCUUAAACUCUAUCCAUAAGGUCCCAAAUCUCUUCUCAGGACACUUCGCACACUACACCUAUAUAUAGAUACAAUUGCAGGAGAGAAAACAACCAUGUGUUCCAACACCAUGAACUCCAUCCAAGAAUAUCAAUCCUCCCUCCUCUUCAGACAAAUCUCCAAGAAGUCUAGAGUUCGACUUUCGCUUGCUGCAAGGAUGAGGAGGUUGCGAAGAAGAAGAGGAAGUAGGAAGGAAGAGAAAGAACAACACAAGCUGGGCUCAAAUAUGGAGAUGGUGAAUCUAAAGCUUUACUUGGAGAACCGAUGCAUCAUGGAGGAGAAUGAGAGGCUGAGGGAGAAAGCUCUCCUCCUGCGCCGAGAGAACCAAGCUUUGCUCUCCCACCUCCGCAUCAACAACUUCACUACCAUCACCACCACCACCACCACCACAACCCUUCACAACUAAACUAAGGGGUUCUCUUCCAACUUCAGGAGAUAUUUAUAUGUAUCCAUAUGUGAUCCUUUUAGUUUACUGUCCCCUUUGAUAGUACGUAUAUGUACAAUAAGUUUUUUCUUCGUUUUUCUUUUCCCUUUAAAAAAAUAAUGUUCUGAGGCGUUGGUUUGAGAUGUAUCGUUUAUUCUAGUUUUGAUUUUGUUGGCGGAAAGCAUAUGAACUAUUAGUUUGGAA